AAAAAUUAUAUUUUAGAAGAAAUUGUUUUUUGGUUUUGCUAAACAUUUAGCUUAACAUUAAUUUAGUUGAGUUUAUUAAAUAAAUAAUUCGUUAAAAUGGCUUCGCCAAAGCCCAUAUCACAUCGUAAGGCGGCCAGUAGUUUUAUCAAUGACAACAAUGAUGUCAAUCUUAUACAAUUGAGUCCUCAUAGAGAUACUUUUAAUUUAGAGCAGCGUAGCCCCUACACUAUGACCAGUAAUCAGGAAUCGCUAACAAAUUUCAUAGGAGAUACUAUUUUAGCCCCCGAAAGAUCUCGCGCCUUUGUGGUCACUAAAACUGGUGAAAAACAUCUAUUAGAUGUGGAUGCUGCUGCCCUUACAAAAUCAAGCUCAAAUCCUUUUACUUUGCAUAGUCCACGAUUUUCAGCACCCACAAUGGAAAGAAUUUCGGAAAAGUCCAACUCGCAGUUAUCUUUAACAGAGACAAUGAACAAAAGCAAAAGUAAAUUAAACAAGAAACCUAAGCACCCUAAACAUAAUAUAAGUCAUAAGCAACGUUUAGUUUUUACACCACGUAAUAUGGAGACAACAUCCUCUACACAGUUACUAGCAACAGCUAGACAGACAGAUUUAAGUACUCCAAUGAAAAAUAUAAGAAAAUCCCAAAACACCAGCACAGAAACUCAAACAGAAUAUUUUCCAUCUCUAAGCUGCAGCUCUUUUAAACCAAGCCAAUUUAAAUCAACUAAUGUAACUGGCUGCCUCAAUCAUAUGCCAAUGGAAGGUCCCAGAAAAUAUUUCAAUGAAACUAGAAUUAAUUCUCAGAGCCUUUAUGAAAUGACAUCAUCGCCACCAUCUUUAAAACCCUUAAAGAUUUAUACUACAUACAAUCCUACUUUAAGGAAAUAUACCGAAUUACGCAGCAUUGCCUCGGCUCUUACCUUGAUCACCGUGAUUUCAUGGCUAUUUUCAUCAUUUUUUGAUAUUAAAUGUUUGUGGGAUUAUUUGGACGGUUGGUGGCAAUAUUUUCAAAAUUGGUUUUUAACCAAAGAGAAACCCAAAACAAAGGUGGAAAUAUUGGUCUCGUUUUUGCAGGACUUGUGGUCUUAACAUUUUAAUUAAACUGCUAGUGAUUUUACUAAUAAACAGUUGUUUCCAAAAAUACUUUGGA